AACUUGAGAAAGUAUUAUGCAGUAGCAUCAAAACUGCUUCUGAUAUUGCUAAUGAAUAUAAAGAUCUCCAGAGUCAAGAACGGGAUGAUUUAAAUUCAAAGAAACAUAAAUUGGAAGCCAAGGUAGGGUAUAAGGAUUCUGAAAUCACCUCUCUUGGAGCUAAAGACAGAUGGCAUAAAUGGGGUUAUGAGAUUAAAUCGGAGAACUUGUUGCAAAAUUAUUGGGAUAAUGAAUGCUUCAAAACUAAAAUGCAAGAUAGAAGUAUACAGCCACGUUUAUUGACUCCUCCACCAUUACUACCAAAGCCUUUUGCAUUAAUUGGCGGUCUCUUAAGAUACUCAUGUAAACAUUGUGUAAAUGCACCUAAGAUUAAAAAUCUUUGA